ACCCAUUUCUUCCUCCAAACUUCUCAUAUCCAGAAACCAUCUACUUCCAUUCUAUCAUUAAGCAUUUCUUCUUUCUUGUAUAAUCUUCUUCAGCCUCUUGAAGGGUUUCUAUUUCUCCGUCCAUUUAAGUUCAUCUUCCAUUUCUUCUGUUGAAAAUUAUGGAUGUUACAUCAGAGAAAAGAUAUGCUCUUUUGCUAGCAGCAAGGGACUCUGACUACGUUAAGAAAGUUUAUGGAGGAUAUUUCAACGUGUUUGUUGCAGCUUUCGGGGAAGAAGGAGAAAGGUGGGACUCAUUUAGGGUUGUUGAAGGAGAGUUUCCCGACAUGAAUGAGCUUCACAAUUAUGAUGGGUUUGUAGUUAGCGGUAGCCCUUAUGAUGCCUAUGGUAAUGACUGUUGGAUUAUCAGGCUUUGCUUCCUCUUGCAAACUUUAGAUUCCAUGGAAAAGAAGGUUCUUGGAAUUUGCUUUGGCCAUCAGGUUUUGUGCAGGGCAUUGGGAGGAAAGGUAGGAAAAGCAUCAACAGGAUGGGAUAUUGGGCUGAGGAAAGUGAGAAUAGUGAAGGAUUUGCCACCCUGUAGCUUCCUUAGUGACUUAAGUGAAAUCCCAUCUUCUCUAUCAAUUAUAAAAUGCCAUCAGGAUGAGGUUUGGGAAGUUCCAUUAGAAGCUGAAGUAAUUGCUUUCUCAGAUAAAACAGGUGUGGAAAUGUUUUCCAUUGGAGACCACAUUUUGGGUAUUCAAGGCCAUCCUGAGUACACCAAAGACAUUCUUUAUAGCCUCAUUGAUAGACUUCUCGACAGCAACUGUAUAGAGAAGGAUUUUGCUGAGAAUGCCAAGUUUGGAUUGGAAAUAGCUGAACCAGAUAGGAAAUGCUGGGAGAGCAUUUGCAGGAAUUUUCUGAAGGGAAGACCAAUUAAUUAACUUUGGUUACUGUGUAAUAAUUUGGACUGACCCUUCUUUUUUUUUUUUUUUUAAAUUGUUGUUCAUGAAAAUAUAAUAUGUUGGCGAGGAGCAAAAUCUAUGGUAUAAUAUAAGAGAAAGGGAAAUAAGUGACCGGGUUAAAUGAGCCCAAAACCUUGUAAUGUAUUCCUUAAUAAGUUGAUAUUGUAAUGAACAGUAACUUCCUAUA